AUCUUUCCAUCAGCCAAUCCACUCCACAGCCUCUGGAGACCACGUCACAGAAACAGAGGCCCCUUCUUCCCCGCUGCUUAAUCCUCCAUAGAUGGGCUCCCUGCGAAGCAGCACGAGUGCGGCGGUGGAGAGCGUGGACGCAGAGGCGGCGUGCGGGCUGCUGGCCUUGGAGCAGUACGGGUACGUGGACGUGCGGAUGUGGGAGGACUUCGAAAAGGGCCACGUUGCGGGUGCACGCAACGUGCCCUACUACCUCUCCGUCACGCCCCAUGGCAAGGAGCGCAACCCGUACUUCGUUGACCAGGUUGUGGCGCUCCACUCCAAGGAGGACCGGUUCGUUGUUGGCUGCCGCUCUGGGGUCCGGUCCAGCCUCGCCACCGCAGACCUCAUCGCUGCUGGUUUCACGAACGUGAAGAACCUCGAAGGCGGCUACCUCUCCUUGCUCAAGAGCGCCAGUUAUCCGCAGCCGCAAGCAGCGAGCCACCAAGGAUCCAUCAAUUGAUUCUUUCGAAUUUGGAAAAAGUUCGUUAGUGACCUGUUUGUGUACUAUGUAUCUAUCAUCCAUGGUCUUAUGAAGAAGAGAAGAAGCAGCAAGUCCAUUCAGUUGAGGAGGACAGCUUGGAAGGAUUAAAUUUCAAAGGAAAAACAAAGCAUUAUGUAUAUUGGACUUGGACUUUGGACCAAGCAAUUUCAAGGAAAUAAAAAUGUUUGCGUGUUCUGCUCACUACCUAUUUGGCCAA